AUGUCUCCUCACGCUCUUCCUAUAUCUCCUGAGAUAGCACAAAUCAAUGUCAUUCCUCUAAGGAAAUACGCCAUCACUCCGAAUGGUUUUCUUCCUGCGGACGCACCCCUCAAAGUCCUUUCCGAUCCCUAUUUUGCACCCUGGGAAAGGGUCAUUCAACACCUUCCCGAAACUCUCAAAACUGGAAAGCUGCGGAGAGAAGUGGAAUCUCUCCCCGUAUUGUCGAUAGAUAAGCUACGAAACGAAGCGGAGUAUCGACGGGCGUACGUUAUUUUGGUUUUUCUGGCGCAUGCCUAUGUUUGGGGCGGUAAAAAUGCCGCAGAGGUUUUGCCGCCGGCUGUGUCAGUACCACUCCUCCGCGUCUCUAAGGCCCUUGAAGUUCCUCCCGUUGCGACCUACGCUGGGCUAAACUUGUGGAACUUCUGGUCAAACACGGAUGACUUGACCGACCUGGACUCGUUAGAGUCUCUGCACACUUUCACUGGCACUAAAGAUGAAGCUUGGUUUUACUUGGUUUCAGUGGCCAUGGAAGCCCAGGGUGCCCGUAUCAUCACUGAUACACUUAACGCACUAGAGUCUAUCAAGAGAAGGGAUUACCCAGCCAUCACAUCAGCACUUGAUGGAUUGUCUGCUAAUAUUCGACGGAUCGGUGCGCUCUUGGAGCGCAUGUACGAGCAUUGUAAUCCCAUGGUCUUCUUCUAUGAAAUCCGCCCAUUCUUGGCAGGCAGCAAAAACAUGGCGGCGGCUGGUCUACCUAAUGGUAUAUUUUACGACGAAGGAAAUGGCCGUGGUAGCUGGCAGCAACUUCGAGGAGGCAGUAAUGGCCAGAGCUCUCUCAUCCAAUUCCUUGACAUUGUGUUGGGCGUCGAGCACACAUCAGAAGGGAAUAGCACCUCGCACACGAGCAAAAACACACCCAAUCACAUAAAAGUGUCGGCAUUCCACGAGGAGGUCCGCAAUUACAUGCCUGGGCCACACAAGCGAUUUCUCGAACACGUUUCCCGAAUGGGCAGCAUCCGCGAGUUCGCCAAGUUGCCAGUUUCUACAGCUGAACAUAAAAGCCUCCGGGAGGCGUAUGAAGUUGCGAUCAAGACCAUGACGGAGUUCAGAAACAAGCACUUACAGAUCGUUGCCCGCUACAUCGUUCUUCCUUCAAAAAGGGCAUACAGUGGUGCUAAAGUCGACUUGGCAAGCACAUCUGCAGUCCAAGAUGAGCAGCUCACUGGCACGGGAGGAACAGCAUUGAUGCCAUUCCUUAAACAAACCAGGGACGAGACCCUAAAAGCUGGUCAGUUAGAGAGGGAGGCACGAAAGUGA